AGCCCCCCGCUUGCUUCACAGAGAGGCUGACAGAAGAGGAGAGCCCAGUUCUGACACAAUGCUUAAGAAUCAUCAUCAUGACCACAAGCACAAAGUAGAAGCCAUGAUUAAGAACAUUAAUACAAUUUCUUUGGAGAUGAAGAAGAUGAAAGAGCUCUCCCAUAUCCUGCUGUGUGACCUCAACCUUCAUUUUGGCCAGCCCAAGAAGACUGAGGACCCCAAGGAAGCAGAAACAAGCCACCCAUUUGAAGAGCCUGAGAUACCAGAUGUAGCCCUUGCUUCUAUCAGUUUAUCUGACUGAAUUUUUUUUUUUUUUUUGUAUUUGUUUUAAAUUCCUGGUUUCGUUGACUUAAAAAUCUGGAAGAACUAAGUUUAUUAGUAUAACUUAAAACUAUAUAAAAUUAUA